GGGCCCCGUGGUGCCGCCUCGCGUCGCACGAGUGCGCGACUGAGCGUCUCCCUCGUCCUCUCGCUUCCCAACCACAUCUCCUCGGCUCGCCUCCUGCACACGCCCAUCCACCAUGGCUUCCCUCUACCACCACUCCUCCUUCCCACUCUCCCCGCCCCACCAGCUUACCGCCCCCGAGUCCCCUCGCGCGCCGGCCCCAUCCUACCGCAUCUCCACCCUGCCGUCCUCAUCCCACCAUGGCAGCGCCUGCCUCCCUCGACCCGGCGCGUCUCCCUCCUUCGCUUGCCACUGCAAGGCGCCGCCCCGGGACCACGACGCGGAGCUUGUCCGCGCUCUGCAGUCCAACGGCAACGGCACCCUCCACGGAGAGUCGGCACCGCCGCAGGUCCUCGAUUCGCGCUCCGACGGACCGGGCAGCGACGAGAGGGGCAAGAGGUCGCGUCUCUGCGCCCGCGACUGCGCGAAGCGGAUCAUGGAGCUGCCCGUGGAGGAGCGGGUGAAGGUGCUCGACCUCCUGCAGCGCGACGACGCGGCGCUCACCGUCUCCGACUACAACGACAUCCUCUCCGCGCUCGCGCGCGCGGGCGACCACGCCUCGGCCGUCGCGCUGUUCCGCGCCAUGCCCGUCGCACCCGACGCCCACUCCUUCGCCACCGCCGUGCAGUGCCUCUGCCGCCAGGGCGCGCCCGACGAGGCCAAGCUCGCGCUCGACGAGAUGGUGGCGCGCGGGUUCCGCCCCAGCGUCGCCACGUUCUCCGCCGUCGUGGGCUGCCUCUGCAAGCGCGGCCGCGUCACCAAGGCCAUGGAGGUGUUCGACGCGAUGCGCGCUCUCGGGUGCGAGCCCACCAUCCGCACCUACAACAGCCUCGUCGGCGGGCUCUGCUACGUCGGCCGGCUCGAGGAGGCGCUCGACCUGCUCAACAAGCUCAAGGACUCGCGCAAGACGCCGGACAUCUACACCUUCACCAUCGUGCUCGACGGGUUCUGCAAGGUCGGGCGGGCGGAGGAGGCCACGGCCAUCUUCCACGACGCCAUCGGGAUGGGCCUCUCGCCGACGAUCUUCACCUACAACGCGCUCCUGAACGGCCACUGCAAGGAGGGGAACCCGCUCAGGGCGUUCGCGCUGCUCAUGGGGAUGUGCGGUGACGAGGACGGCUGCCCACCGGACAAGAUCAGCUUCGGCAUCGUGCUGACGGCGCUGCUGCGCGCGGGCGAGACCGCAGCGGCGUGGCAGACGUACAAGCGGAUGGAGCGCGCCGGGUUCGAGGCGGACGGGCGCGCGCUGGACACGCUGGCGCGGGGCCUGUGCCGGCGGUGCGCGACGGACGUCUCUGCGCUGGGCGACGCCCGGGAGGUGUUCGCGAAGCUGGUGGCGUCGGGGCACGAGCCGGUGUCGUACACGUACUGCCUGAUGGCGCAGGCGCUGGCGCGCGGCGGCGAGGUGGACGCGGCCGUGGCGCUGCUGGAGGAGAUGGUGCGCCGGGGGUACGCGCUGCGGAAGCGCGCCUACACGGACGUGGUGCGCGCGCUGUGCGACCGGGCCCGGGCCCGCGACGCGCUGCGGGUGCUGGUGCUGGUGAUGAUCGUGCGGGACUUCGUGCCGGGGCGGAACGCGUUCGACGCGCUGCUGGGCGAGCUCGGCCGGCAGGGGCGGUGGACCGACGCCAUGGCCGUGUACGCCGCCGCCGUGAAGCGCGGCGUGGUGGUCUCGUGGAAGCAGCUCGCCAGGGAGGAGGAGCCCGUCCGGCUGGGCGUCCCGCAGUGACCGCUGCCCGACCUCAGGAUCACACCAUCUCUGCCACCACGAGGCGGGCGUCGGCUCCCAGCUGCGUGCAGAUGCAUAACUCUCCGACGAGGAAAAAGGCACAGCCGAUGGCUUGCAUUGGCGUGCGUGGAUUUUGGCGAUUUUUUGGGAGAAGACACCAGGAAUGUAGCAAUUUUUCUGUAAAUCAUUUCUGCUGCUUGAUCGGAUUGACCGGCCGGGAGCAUUGGCAAUCGAAUUUUCGACCAGCGUCGCUCGGAUUCUGUACCUGGCCGGCGCGGCGAGGUAUGAGCUUUUGUAACUUCUUGUUCAUAACUUGCAUAAGCAGAUCGACCCAAGGUUCAAGUGGAUUGUCAUUCUCCA